CGUAUCUUGACCCUCUGCUAGCCAUGUCCGUCCACGAGAAAGCUCCCCUCCUCGCUGAUGACAAGACUUCGCCUUCGCGCCUACCAGCGAAGAAGUCUGAAGCCAAGUUUCGGCUGGUCAUCCAUGGAGGCGCGGGAACGAUGGACAAGUCGCGCUCGACUCCAGAGCUGCGUGCCAAGUAUAAGGCAGCGCUGACUCGCGCACUGCUCGCGGGAUACGCAGUGCUCGCAGCGGGAGGAGAUGCAAUGGACGCAGCAGUCGCAGCGGUGUCUUCGAUGGAAGAUUGUCCGCUCUUCAACUCAGGGAGAGGUGCGGUUUUCAACGUCGCAGGAAAGAACGAGCUCGAGACAUCUCUCAUGCUUUCGCGCCCUCCGUCGACCCAUCCCUCCAUUCCGUCCACGCGCCGUGGCGUAGGGAUAACCCUCCUGUCCCACGCACGUAACCCUUGCAAGCUCGCGCGCACCCUGUACCUAUCCCCUGGCACUGCUCCACAUACUAUGUUCUCGGGUGCUGCGGCCGAAAGCCUCGGGGAGCCGCUCGGCGUCGAACUGGUGGACGAGAGCUACUUCUUCACGGAGCAGCGCUGGCGCGAGCACAGACGCGGCUUGGGUCUUCCCGAGGAACCGCUACCCUACCCAUCCAAGCCGGGAGGAGAUGAUGAAGACAACACACAGGUCCCGCUAGAUCAACUUCCGACGGGGACAGUAGGCGCGGUUGCACUGGACGUGCAAGGUUGCAUCGCGUCAGUGACCUCCACAGGCGGUCGGACAAACAAGCUUGUCGGACGUGUCGGAGACACACCAAGCAUGGGUUCCGGCUUCUGGGCGGAGGAGUGGACAGUGAAAGGCUGGCCCAGAAGAGUGUGGCGACACAUACGGGGUAAGAGCAAGCAUGUUGCCGUGGGUAUCAGCGGCACUGGCGACGGCGACUAUUUCAUACGACUUGCGACAGCUUCCACCAUCGGCCGCAGGAUGAAGUACAUGCAUGAGCCUUUGUCUGUUGCUGCCAAAGCGUGCAUCGAGGAACUUCGCCGUGAUGGAGGCAUUGGAGGCGUGAUCGCUCUCGACAAUGCUGGCAAUGUAUCGAUGCCAUUGAAUUGUUCCGGAAUGUACAGAGGCGUGGUAUACGAGGAUGGCGUGCCCAAGACGGCCAUCUUCGACGACGACGAACUGGACUGAGUAGAGCUUAUGACUCAAUGUCAUCAAAUAGGAACACGCUGAGUCUGAUAUCAGCGGACUUUACUUCGUCUGACUCGGCGUAUUUCUUGAAUGCAUAUUGUUAUACCCAGCAUUGAGUUUCUCCACCUCUUUCUACAUUCAACUCGAUGCUGUUCGGCAUGGUCUCAGCGAUAAC